CUCUGGUGGCAGCCAUCUUACACCGCUGGCUUCAGCCUUGCAUUGGAGGGGUUGUGUUUUACCAUUGGUAACGUUACCGGGGUAGAGUUGUAUUCACCGCUGGGAGCACUGGGGAGGCGACCUGUCUGCGCGGUGACACGAAGCGCUGCCCUGAGCCUGACGCCACACCAGCAGGCCUGACUCGUGCGUUACCGCUCCAGCUGCUCUCCGGCCCCGGGAGAGAGGCACAAACAUGAUCAUAGAGGACGUCGAGGCCUUAAAGCACUGGCUGUCUAAGACCUUGGAGCCCAUCUGUGACGCUGAUCCAUCAGCCCUUGCAAAAUACGUUGCUGCGUUGGUGAAGAAAGAUAAGAGUGAUAGAGAGCUGAAGGCCCUGUGUAUAGAUCAGCUGGAUGUUUUUCUUCAGAGAGAAACGCAAAGCUUUGUAGACAAAUUAUUUGACGCUGUGAACACAAAGAGCUAUCUCCCACCCCCUGAACCUACAUCCACAGUAAUUGUUAAAGAAGACCCCUUAGAAAACCAAGAAAAAGAACCAAAGAUAGAAGAGGUACCCAAAGAUGAUGAAAAAGAAAAAAAACCUUUAAGAAGAGUGACCCAUAGCCCGCAGCCAUCUACUGCACGACACAGAGAAAAUAAGGAAAAUAAUAGAAAACGAAGUAACUCUGACAGGGAGAGCACGUCUGUUACGUCUUUUAGAUCAGGAGGUCAGGAACAGAAACCAGAUAUUGAUACUACAUCAGGCCGCCUAAGUGGAAGCAAAGUGCAGACUUCAAAGAAUACAAGGAGUAGGGAAGACCGAAAAAAAGAUGACCGUUCUCGUAAAAGGGAGCAUGAGCGGAUCUUGCCCCGGAGAGAUUCCUACAGGGAUAGAUACAACAGACGAAGGGGGCGAAGUCGCAGUUACAGCAGAAGUCGUAGUCGCAGUUGGAGUAAAGAAAGGCAACGUGAUCGAGACAGGGAUAGAAGCCGGAGUCGAACAAGAAGUAGAACAAGGAGCAGAGACAAGGAUUCCGUAAGACCUAAAUAUAAUCUUGAGCGGUCAGAUCCCUCAGAUGACGGUUACCAGACCACUACCCCAGUACCUCACAUUGGAUCAGCACAUUAUCCUGUACCGACGCUAAGCAGCACUAUCACAGUGAUAACCCCUUCACAUCACGGCAAUAAUUCAGCGGAAAAUUGGCAAGAAUUCCAUGAAGACCAAGUGGACCACAGCAAUUAUGGAAGACCUCCCAUACCCAAGAAGCGCUGCAGAGACUAUGAUGAGAAAGGAUUUUGCAUGCGAGGUGAUCUGUGUCCAUUUGAUCAUGGCAGCGAUCCUGUAGUUGUUGAAGAUGUGAAUCUACCUGGAAUACUUCCAUUCCCUGCACAGCCACCUGUUGUAGAUGGACCACCCCCACCAGGACUUCCACCUCCUCCAUCACUUUUAACCCCUCCCCCUGUAAAUUUACGACCGCCAGUUCCUCCACCGGGUCCUCUCCCACCCAGCCUUCCACCUGUUACAGUAAUGCAGGCACAUAUGAACAUGCGACCAACACAGAUGCCUUCAGCUGCCAGCGCACAUGUAACAGGCCCCCCUCCGCCUCUUCCACCUUUACAGCCUGCCGGAAUGGAUGCUCCUCCGAAUUCAGCCACAAGCUCUGUCCCUACUGUAGUGACUACUGGCAUUCAUCAUCCUCCUCCCCCUGGUGCUCCACCUCCACUUUUUCCCUCAGGACCUAUUCCUUUAUUUCCAGAAACAUAUGAUUCUGAUGGUUACAAUCCAGAAGCGCCAAGCAUGACAAAUACUUCAAGACCUAUGUACAGACAUCGUGUGCAUGCGCAGAGGCCAAAUUUAAUAGGCCUGACUUCUGGAGACAUGGAUUUACCCCCAAGAGAAAAGCCAGUGAACAAUAAUAUGAGAAUUGUCGUGGACUCUGAUCUUCGGAAAAGAAACCUUCCACCCCCAGACUCUGGAAUACUUCAGAAAAUCCCCCGGUUUGACAAGCCAAAUUUCAUCAGAAUGAACGCCCCUGCCUUUCAGAAGAAAGUUGUAUUUGGAAAUGAAAAUACGAAGCUUGAGCUGAGGAGAAUUCCUCCGGAGCUGAAUAACAUCAGUAAACUGAAUGAGCAUUUCAGUAAAUUUGGAACACUGGUGAAUCUGCAGGUUGCAUAUGAAGGAGAUCCUGAAGGUGCUUUAAUUCAGUUUGCGACACAUGCUGAAGCCAAGAAGGCCAUCUCGAGCACCGAAGCUGUUCUGAAUAACCGGUUUAUUAAGAUGUAUUGGCACAGAGAAGGCUCUGCUCAUCAAACAAAAGCUCCAAAUGCUCCAAAGGUUGGCCAGCUUAAUGUUCAGCCUCCAAACUUGCCAGUUGUCAAACAGUCCGUCAAAGAACGCCUAGGACCAGUUCCUUCCAAUAACACGGAGCCAGCUGAGGCACAGAGUGCUAAUACAGAAACUGUACAGACUAUUACAAAAGUACCAAUAAAGGAGAGAUUGGGUUUUAUUGCAAAACACCCUCCUCCCACCACCGAAAAGGUAUUGUCCACCUCUACAGGACUUACAAAAACUUUUUCCAACCCAGAAGCUUUAAAAGCCAUCCAAAAAUCCGUAAUAUACCCUACUGCAGUGGACAACACUGAUGCACAGAAAAAGAAACAGGAAGCACUAAAACUGCAACAAGAUGUAAGGAAGAAAAAGCAGGAAAUUUUGGAAAAACAUAUAGAAACACAGAAGAUGCUUAUAACAAGGUUGGAGAAAAAUAAGGGUAUAAAGGCAGAUGACAAAGCGGAAAUUCUGAAAACCCUGGAAACCCUGACAAACAGUAUUACCAAACUAAGAGAUGAGCUGAAAGCGGUCUCCUCUUCUGGAAAUCCUUUGAGGAGUAGUAAAAGUAAAACUCAGAUGCAAAAGGAACUACUUGACACCGAGCUCGACUUGUACAAGAAACUUCAGGCGGGAGAAGAUGUAGCAGAAUUAAGGCGGAAAUAUACAGAGCUACAGCUUGAGGCGGCAAAGCGUGGUAUUCUUUCUUCUGGACGUGGAAGAGGGGCACACAUGAGAGGAAGAGGAAUGUCACGUGGAAGAGGCAGAGGCCGCGGUGUCUCAGUCCAUGCUGUGGUGGAUCACCGUCCAAAAGCACUAGAGAUCGUUGGGUUUAGUGAAAAUGAUAGGGAAGAUCUCCUUCCUCACUUUGCACAAUUUGGCGAGAUUGAAGACUGCCAGAUGGACCCCUCUUCUCUUCGUUCUGUAAUAGUCUUCAAAACGAGAGCAGAAGCCGAGGCCGCUGCAAUCCAUGGAGCUCAUUUCAAAGGACAGACCUUAAAAUUAGCUUGGAGUAAACCAGUAGCAAAUCCAAGCAGUGCAGAAGUGGAAGAUGUAGAGCCGGAGGAGGAAGACUUUCCAGAAGAGACUGCAGUGGAUGACUCUUUGCUGCAGGAUGAUGAUGAGGAGGAAGAGGAAAAUGAGCCUCGUUCUUGGAGGAGAUGAUUCCUUUUUGCCUUUGUGAUUGAGCUCUGGAUAUCUGGACUGCCAUUUAGUUGAACUAAAGCACUUUUCCAUGGGAUGUGUUCCUGCAUUUCUGUGUGAAAAGAUAUGCUGGACGAUUGGCUUGAACUCAGGACGUGAAAGCCUUCUGUAGUUGUCACAUUUCAGUAAAUGAUUGCACAAUGCAUCAUCAUAGACACAUAUGCAAUGGUUUUAUUACUUACACUUUGCUGGGUGUACAGUUUAGUUUUUAAGUUAAGGAAGUUGUGAAAAUGCAAUUUAACAUUUUUUUUCCUCAUAAAAAGAAUUUGCUUUAAAAUCUAUGAAUGUUUUCAGACAUAAGUAGAUGAAUGCUAAAAUGGAAAUCUCAGUUGCUUAUGAAUACAUAAUGCAUAGUGUAGGCUUUACUAUGUAGUAGCCUUUUUGUUGAGCUCAUUUUGUGUACGUAACUUACGUAUUGGGUUUUAAAAACGUUGUACAAUUGCUUUGCAAAAAAGUCCAUGUGACUUCAGUAUGUGCAAAAAAAAUAAAGUGGAAUGGUCCAAGAAAGAUGACAAAAA